AUGGAGAAAGACCUUUCCGACAUUCCUGCACCAGACGCCGCUGGGCCAGCCACGAUACUUGCAGGCAUAAAUAGCCAGAAGGAGACAGAACCAUCGACGUCCCUUGAGUGGGCGAGUAAUCCUAGGAAUCCUGUCAACUGGUCUCCCACACGGCAAUGGGGCAUCAUCGUCCUCCUCUGGGGUGCCAACACUGUGGCCUCUAUCUGUUCUACUGCUUUCGAACCUGCCCUGCCGUUCGUCCUGGAUGAUUUCGGUACUCAUAGUGAUACUCUAUCCUCGUUCACCAUUUCAAUAUAUCUCAUAGGGUUUUGCUUUGGUCCACUGUUAAUCGCCCCUGUGAGUGAGCUUUAUGGACGCGUUAUUGUGCUGUACCCCAGCUUCGUAGUCUACCUCGGUGCCCUAGCCAUCUGUGGGAGCAGCAACAAUAUCGCUGUGUUCAUCGUCUUCCGUGCCCUGAUGGGGUUUGCAGGCAUUACGUUUCUGAUUUGUGGACGGGCUGUUGUCGCAGAUAUAAUUGCACCCAAGCGGCGUGGUCUGGCGGUGACGUUUAUAACUAGCGGUGCUACAUUUGUAACUGACAGCCCAGGACCAAUUGUCGGCGGCUAUAUCGCCGAGACCAUUGGAUGGCGAUGGAUUUUCUGGAUUUCAAUGACAUUUUUGGGAGCAUGCAUGCUCGGAUGUCUACUCACUCUCCGAGAGACAUAUCCUCCAAUUGUCCUCGCUCGUCACCUCAAGCAGCAAGCAGACAGCACCAAAGCAGCAGAAAAGCCAGCGUCACAGUUAUUGAUCACAGCAUGCACCCGUCCCCUUCGGUUCAUAUUUCGCACACGCUUAAUACCCCUUUUUACUCUCUACACCUCCAUUCUCAACUCCUAUCUCUUCAUCCUACUUUCGACCCUCGGGACCACUUUCCAAAGCAGCUAUAGAUUCUCACCCGGUGCUAGCGGCCUUGCAUAUCUUGGAAUGAUGGCAGGCUUUGUGCUCAGCCAAGCUACUUUGGGUGUAUUCUCUGACUUCUAUGCCAAUCGGCAAAGUCAAAGACGCCCGGAUAAGACCAUCAAACCGGAAGAUCGACUUCCACCUCUCAUUCUUGGAGCCGUAAUUCUUCCUGGUGCUCUUCUUUUUUACGGGUGGACCUUGGAAAGGCACACGAUGUGGAUUGCCCCCAUAAUCGGGAGUGGCCUUGUGGCUUUUGCAGCCAUGUACUCUUACAUUCCUGUGCAGAUAUAUGUGAUCGAUGUGUAUACUCUCCACACAGCCAGUGCUACCGGUGCCAUGUCUAUUAUCCGCAGCGCCAUAUCGGCGGCAGUACCUCUCGGCGCAGAUCCGUUGUAUGCGCGCUUGGGAUAUGGAUGGGGAUAUACAUUGCUUGCGGGCUUGGCUUUACCAUUUAUUAUACUUGGUGUUGUACUUGUGAGAUGGGGAGAAAGGAUUCGGCAAAGGGAAUCCGCACUUGAUUAG